AGCCGCCCUUUGUCCAGACAAAUACAGACAGAUUGUGCCAGAACCUUGCCACAUCUCAAGAUCACGAUUACAAAACCCAGCGCAAGAAUAUUGAAUAUGGAAACUGACGUGAAGAUGAAAGUUGAGAAAGAAACAAAAUCUGCAAUAAAUGAUCAGUUGGAAAAAUCCCAGGCUCCAGGUCCCAGUCAGUCACCACCUGCCCUAGAGGCAGGCCACUAUUCAGCAUGUGAGAGAGGGUUCGUACCCUCACCAGAAGUGGAAAGCCUGGGCACUGACUCAGAAGAUGGACCAGUGGAGUCCGGUGAGUGUAAGGAGGAGCUUUUCACGUCCAUUGACCUGACGAAGCCUAAGCAUAUUCACACUGGAGAGAAACCCUUCGAGUGCAUUGCUGGGAAACAAGAAUUUUGCACAUCGAGCAAACUGACCGAGCAUGAUCCCGAGCAUGCUGGAGAGAAAGCCUUUGAAUGCAUGAUGUGCGAUAAGCACUUUUACACUGCUGGAGAGUUGAUCGGGCACCAGAGUAUUCACACAGUGGAGAGACCCUUUGAGUGCAACAUGUGUCAAAAGCAGUUCUGUGGAGCCGGGGGCCUGAAAAAGCAUCAACUGAUUCACAGCGGUGAGAGACCGUUCGAGUGUGCCAUAUGUCAGAAGCAGUUCUAUAACUCCACAUACCUGGCGGUGCACCAGCGAUUUCAUACUGGGGAGAGGCCGUUCCAGUGCACCAUCUGUCAGAAGAGGUUCUGCACAUCCAGCCACCUCCGAGAGCAUCAGAGAAUCCACACUGGGGAGCGACCCUUUGCCUGCAAGGUGUGUGAGAAGAGGUUCUGUACUUCCAGUCACCUGACAGAGCAUCAGCGAAUCCACACUGGAGAGAGACCCUUUGCCUGCAGGAUGUGUGACAAGAGGUUCUGUACAUCCAGCCACCUGACAGAGCAUCAGCGCUCGCACACCGGAGAGCGUCCGUUUGCCUGUAGGAUGUGCGAGAAGAGGUUCUGUACGUCCAGCCACCUGACGGAGCACAAGCGAACCCACACCGGAGAGAGACCCUUCCCGUGCAGGAUGUGUGACAAGAGGUUCUGCACUUCCAGUCACCGGAAGCAACAUGAACGGAGUCACACUGGGAUCAAGCCAUUUGAGUGCGGCAUCUGCCAGAAGAGGUAUCCCACCUCGACUCACCUGACAAUGCACCAGCAGACCCACACUGGAGAGAGGCCUUUUCAGUGUGACCUGUGCAAAAAACGCUUUUAUCGAUCCAAUCACCUGAUAGCCCACCAGCGCAUACACCUGCGAGAUAAACCAUUUGCGUGCGAGGUGUGUAAGCAACGAUUCUCCUCGGUCAACCUUUUUAAAGCACAUCAGCAAACCCACAUUCCAGAGAAAUAGUUUUGGUAUACGUUCAAGUGAAAAGCAUCGAUAUUGAGCCCACAUGAACC